AGGAACCUCAGCUUUCUGUCCGGGCUGCGCGUCCCUCACUCUGGAUCGGCAUAAAUGAAUGAAACACAGGGGAAUAUCGACAGACAAUCGCACAGGAAAACUCUCUGUCAAAGCUGCAGCCUGCCAGGAGGAAUUUAUGUCGGGCAAUUCAACAUGAGUUUUCCCCUCUGGAACUUCAUCUCAAGCUUGUCAAAUGUGUAAAACGGCGACCGGUGUCGUCUGCCCCCCUUACGAAGGAGUCACGCUGUGAUUAACGGUCAGGUUUUUGACUGCCAGGACAAAUGAAUACAAAUGAAUUUAGGCACCCGAAGGAGAGAUUGCAGAACCUCUCAUCUAGACACAAAGAGAGCCCUAUUGCUCUGUACAGUUUUAUAUUGUACGUGUUACCUGGGACUUACACAAGUACACUCUGAAGAUGUGGACAUCCUCCAGAAGUUGGGGCUCAAGGGAGAGAAGCCGUCUCGCUCUGUGCCAGCAGGGGUCAUUCCAUUCAGAUCGGGGAUCAUCCUCAACCAGCGGGCGCACAUUGAAAAACCAUUGCGCUCAGUCUUCCCAGUGGCCAUCUGGCCCAAUCUGGCACUGGUCCUGAGUGUGCGCUCACACCGUGUCAACAGCGCUUUCCUCUUCACCCUGCUUUCAGAACGUAAGAAGCUCCUUCUCGGUCUGCAGCUUACUCCGGGCAACCUUAUUCUUCAUACUGGACCCAACACUUCGGUGGCACUGCCCUACGAGCCCCAUGAUGGUCAGUGGCACCAGCUGGCUGUGGAAAUUAAUGGACAGAGAGUGACUCUUUAUGCCUCCUGCGGAGGGCAGAGUGUUCAUGCUGACUUUGGGUGGGACCGUGGGGAGGGACUGGCUCCUGAGCUCCAGGGCUCCUUUCUGCUGGGGCGGUCAAGCCAGCAGCAAGCCUCAGCACACUUUGAAGGAGCCAUCUGCCAAUUUGACCUGGUCCCUUCUGCACAGGCAGCUCACAACUACUGCAGGUACAUUAAGAAACAAUGCAGGGAAGCGGAUACAUACAGGCCUAACCUUCCUCCCUUGUUGCCUAUCCUACCAAGAGAAAAAAACAUCACAGCUACCGCCGCUACUCCUAAACAUGGUGGUCUGGUGACAGCCAGAAAACCUACGGGGUUAAGCCUUGCUAGGAGUGUUGCUGCUGCUGCCUCGGCUGUUAGAUAUGUAGCCCCCUCUCAAACAAUAAAGCCCACUUCUGGGACCAUUCCUACACCUGUACUGGCAACUGUAAUGCCAGUCACAGUCCAGCUUGGUUUAACAUCUCCACCUCCCAUCACCAAGACUGUGACUGUCACAGCACCACUCAGGACAAGAGUACCCCCAACAAAACCGCCAAAUCUUAAACCCUCCACCUCUAAAGCUUCAAGUCAAAAACCUUCAAAGCCCACUCCCUCAAAGCCCAGCCCUAACAACACCACCAAAAAGACAAACGCAGGAGCAGACAACAAGAAGAAACCUACCAUUCCAGCCACUACCAACACCAAACCCUCUAAGGCAAAGUCUGACUCUGCCUUAUCAGACCAAGGUGCUGUCUCUAAGAAACCCCAACCCACCCCAGCCAAGAAAACUCCACCCAAGCCUAAAGUUACACCGUCCAAAGCCACUCCGUCCAAGCCCAAAGUAAAUUCUGUAAAACCUGUCCCUCCUAAACCAACAAUACCCAAAGUCAACUCUUCAAAACCAACCAAAACUGCAACGGCAAAAACCUCCAAGCCAGUCUCCAAACAGUUCGUCAAACCAACGAAGCAAGCCACAACUACCAAGUCUCCAGCUACUCAAAGACCAACCAAACCUUCAUUCAACCUAGUGACACCACCUGCCACCGAUGGCUUCAUGAGCUGGGAGGUCCCACCAACGCAAUUCUCCUUCCUGGAGGGAGUUAUAGGUCAGAAAGGAGAACCAGGCCUACCGGGACUGCCAGGACCUCCAGGGAAACUGGGCCUGCCAGGCAAGAGGGGUCCUAGAGGCGCCCCUGGUCCCCAUGGAAACCCUGGCCGCCCCGGUCCACCCGGGCUCAAGGGGAGGAAAGGAGACCCUGGCAUGUCACCUGGGCCAGCACCUAAAGGAGAGAAGGGAGACUCAGGGAUUAUUGGCCUGGUUGGACUUCCUGGCCAAGAAGGGAGGAAGGGACAGAAAGGUUACCCUGGUCCACCUGGACUCCCUGGAGAGCCUGGAGAGCAAGGUCCAGUCGGAAGCCCAGGUGCCAAAGGUUAUCCUGGCAGGCAGGGUUUACCAGGGCCUAUAGGGCCAAUGGGGCCUAAAGGCGUUCGGGGUUUCAUUGGAAUCCCGGGACUUUUUGGCCUUCCUGGGCCUGAUGGCGAAAGAGGCAUUCCUGGCGAACCAGGGAAGAGGGGCAAGAUGGGUAGGCCGGGGUUUCCAGGCGACUUUGGGGAGAGAGGACCACCUGGACCAGACGGAGAGCCUGGAGAGAUGGGAGCCCCCGGUCCAAACGGAGUUCCUGGACUUAUUGGUGAUAUGGGACCUGUGGGAGAGAUGGGCCUUCCAGGACCUAACGGACUCAAGGGGGUGCCUGGAAAUCCAGGAGAACCAGGACUGAAAGGUGAUAAGGGUGAAAUUGGAAUUCCUGGAGAACAAGGGGAGAUUGGGUACAAAGGAGACAAGGGUAUCCAGGGGGCUCCAGGUUUACCAGGCAUCCGCGGAAAACAAGGACCACAGGGAAAGCUGGGAGAGAGAGGCCCUGAUGGUGCACCCGGACCUCCAGGCCCUGAGGGUUUUCCUGGUGAUAUGGGACCACCAGGAGAUAACGGCCUUGAAGGACUAAAGGGAAAGCCAGGAGCCAGAGGUUUACCAGGACCACGAGGGGUGCCUGGCUUGGAGGGUGACGAAGGCCCGAUCGGACCACCAGGACCAACAGGACUCGAGGGUAGACAAGGCCGAAAAGGAUUUCCAGGAAAAGUUGGGCCAGAGGGAGUUAAGGGUGAGCCUGGUAUCACAGGAAAAGUUGGACCCAUGGGAGAAAGAGGCUUGGUGGGUUUCAUCGGACCUGUGGGAGAGGCAGGACUGGCAGGAGAGAAGGGUGACCGAGGGGAGAUGGGCCUUCCCGGACCGCCUGGAGAAAAGGGAUCAACGGGCCACCCAGGCACACCAGGUGAAACCGGGCCUCCAGGACCACCAGGAAGACCAGGCCCUCCUGGAGCGGCUGGGCCUGCCGGUACCAGAGGACCCAAAGGCUUACGGGGAGCAAUCGGGCCUGACGGUCCAACAGGAGAGAGGGGGUUAGAGGGCAAGGCGGGCUCUGAUGGUCCUCCAGGAAAAUUGGGUUUCCCAGGACCUCAGGGGAAGAUUGGAGAGCCGGGGGAAACUGGGCCUAAAGGUUUUCCUGGUAUCCAAGGGCCUUCAGGGCCUCCAGGGGACAAGGGAAUACCAGGCGAGCCGGGACCACCUGGGCCUCCAGGGACGGUGGGACUUUUGGGAGAAAUAGGCCAAAAGGGUCCUCCAGGCAAGGUGGGGGAACCAGGACUACCAGGGGAGCCAGGAGAGAAGGGAGCCAUUGGAGCUGCUGGGAACAUCGGAGAGCAGGGACUGAUAGGACCCAGGGGAGAGCCAGGCCUGGAGGGUGAAGCUGGUCCUGCUGGUCCUGAUGGAGCCAAGGGUGAAAAAGGCGACAUGGGUCAGGAGGGCGACCAAGGAGAAAAAGGUGAAACUGGGCUAAAGGGAAAGGAGGGCCCGCCUGGAAGUCCUGGACUCACUGGCGUCAGAGGUCCAGAAGGAAAACCUGGAAAAAUCGGGGAAAGAGGCAAAGUGGGCUCAAAGGGUGCUAAAGGUAAUAUAGGUCACCUCGGGGAGACUGGUUCUAUGGGGAAGAUCGGACCAUUGGGUUUUGUUGGGCAGAAGGGGUCCAGAGGAACCAUUGGACACGUGGGAGCUCCUGGUCGGAUGGGACAACAAGGGGAUACUGGUCUUGCAGGUUAUGAGGGCCAUCAGGGACCGCAGGGCCCAAUGGGGCCGCCAGGACCAAAAGGUGAAAAGGGCGAGCAUGGAGAUGAUGGGAAAGUAGAGGGUCCUCCUGGUCCUCCAGGUGACAUAGGUCCUUAUGGUGACAGGGGGGAGAGAGGCGAAUCAGGAGAUCCAGGAUAUAUCGGUCAAGUUGGCGUGGACGGAGAAAGAGGCAGGCCUGGAGCUCCCGGACAACCUGGACAGCCGGGGCCUCGAGGGCAACAAGGGCCCAAAGGAGCCAAAGGAGAUCAAGGUCAAAAAGGCAAAAAGGGUCAGCCAGGACAAAAAGGAACCCGGGGAACAGAGGGUGGGGGUGGUCCUCCUGGUCCCAGAGGUGUUGUGGGUCCAGAGGGACAGGAAGGGGUGCCAGGACAGGAUGGAGUCCCAGGAAAGGAUGGCAGCAAAGGCAUGCCGGGAGAACAUGGUGAUGAUGGGGAGUUUGGCCCACCUGGCAAAGCUGGCCUACGAGGUAAAACUGGUGUCCCAGGACUCCCAGGAGAUCAAGGGGGCUUUGGACCAAAGGGUGAGCAGGGUCUUCGAGGCCAAACCGGACCUCCAGGGAAAAGAGGCUUCAGAGGUGGGAUGGGACUGCCGGGGCCACAGGGAGACAAAGGGCCUAAAGGACAGCCUGGUGAUCCAGGGGAGCAAGGAUUUCCAGGAAUUCUGGGAGUUUUUGGACCAAGGGGGCCAACGGGAGACUUUGGGCCAAAGGGCAUACGGGGACCAAAGGGGCCACAGGGAGCAAUGGGCAGAGGAGGAGUCGCUGGCCCUAUUGGAAUCAUUGGCCCCAGUGGCAGCGCAGGUCCUAGAGGGGAAAAGGGAACACGUGGAGAGAUGGGAAUGCAAGGCCCAAGGGGAUCUCCUGGGCCUCGUGGACCCCCAGGACUUCCAGGCCCCCCAGCUGUUCCUCUGUCAUUUAAAGAAGACGGUGUUUUGUUCUUGGACUCACACACCCCACUCAGGACUGAGAAUAAGCCAGUGAUGGACCUGCCGAUGCUGGACCAGGGCGCAGAGAUCUUUAAGACCCUCCACUACCUCAGUAACCUGAUCCAGAGCCUGAAGAACCCACUGGGCACUCGGGACAACCCCGCCCGCAUCUGCAGGGACCUGCACAGCUGUGAACAGAAGUUAAAUGAUGGCACUUACUGGAUUGACCCAAACCUGGGCUGCUCAUCAGAUAAGAUAGAAGUCUCCUGUAACUUUACUGGAGGUGGCCAGACCUGCCUUAAACCAAUAACGACAUCUAAGCCAACAGUCAAUGUCGGCCGUGUCCAGAUGAACUUCCUGCACCUGCUGAGCUCCGAGGCUGUGCAGCACGUCAUCAUCCACUGCCUGGACUUCUCAGUGUGGAGGUCAGCUGAGGAUCAGCCAGGUCCCCAGUCUGUGAAAUUCAAGGCCUGGAGUGGGGAGGUGUUCGAGGCAGGAGCAGAGCUUGAGCCAGAAGUCAUAGAGGACUCCUGCUGGGUAAAAGACGGCCGCUGGCACCAGACCCAUUUUGUGUUCCAUUCCCUGGACCCCACCCUGCUGCCUGUGGUGGACAUCUUCAACCUCCCCAACACUACUCCAGGCUCACACUACCACCUAGAAGUAGGUCCUGUAUGCUUCCUGUGAGGGCUGUGGUGUAACUCACAUGAUCAUUGAGGAAAGGCGGAUCAUCGCCUUCACAGGUGACGCCCUCGUGCAGGCGUGGGGAUCGGAGCAGCUUCCUCCAAUCCGUGGCAAAACAAGCGAGUCCAAGCCUCCCUCCAAACAGAUCCUGCUUCACUCUGCCAAACUCCCAUUGGACUGCAGACACAGAAGGAGGACGCACGGGGGAGCUGGAGGGAGGAGGGGAAAAAAGAGCUCUGGAGGAGCAGGGGGAGUUCUUGCACUAAAAGCUCCUCCGAUGGCAAACGCUUCUUCAAGCUCUUCGAGAAGGAUCACAUGUGCUCGCUUGGAGAAAACAAAAAAAGGCUCUUGGCCAUCAAAUCUCUCUGGAACAUUUCUAAGUGAAGGGAGGCCAAUCAUCGGACUUUAUAGUAACUUAUUUUUCUAACUGUAUACAGUCUGUGUGUACUAUUUUAAUGGAAAUACCAGGAAUUCAAUUUAAUAAGAAAUAAAAUAAUUGGGAUCAGUUAAAUGUACAUAUAUAUGUAUACUUAUUAAUAUUAUUAACUUUUAUACAUGUAUAUCUUAUGUAAAGAAAUAAUCUUCAAGUGCAAUAGAAAAUGAGAAGAUAAUUUGAUAUUUUAAACUUAUAUGGAAGGAUUUUUCAGUGGGGUUAGAUUUUAUUUCCCUGUUUUUGGUGCUCAUCUCUUUAGGAUCUUGCCAGGGAAGAUUAAUCCAGAGGCAGGCUCAAAAGAAUAAAAAUAUCUGGUGCUCUAAAUGGGGAAUUGUGGCAUUCAGUUUACCUUUGUAUGGGAAAAACAGCCUCAUCUGAAACAACAGCGAUGCACACCAUAAAGACUCAAAACAUCCUAUCCUUAUUGCUAUACUUCUUGUACAUUAUUGCCUGGAUGCCACUGAUAAUUAGGAAGAAUAUCAGCAGUGAAGGAGCUUCAGUUCUCAGUAGUCUUUAUUCUUUUCUCUACAAGUGUGGAGAACAUAAUCAGGCAUAUCUCCUUGCUUCCUGGUUCAUCUAAACAGACAGGAGAGGUAUAUUUACUCAGUGCUACAUAGGACCUGGAGUCUCUUUUUCUAGCCCACUUUUAGUAGCAGUACAAUUAGCGGUCCAGGCAUCCCUUAGAGGAGAACUGAGCCACAGGAGAGAGGAAAGGGUCCAGGAAUCCAAAUGAAACCCCCUAAUCUUCUGUCUCAUCCUCUCCCUUAUUCACGGUGCUAAGUGAAUUAUCAAAGGUGCUAACCAUAGUGCUGUAAUUACACCACUUUGCUGAAAUUUUUUGAUGUCUUUAGUGCAUGCUAUCUUAGAUGAAGUUAAGAAGAAAAUAUAAUAUAUUGACGUAGUUUCUACUAUGCACUACAGUGCUAUUAUCCCAUUAAAACCACAGCCACUAUUGUAACAGGAAAUGUUAGAUGCUGCGUCUAAAAAUUCGGUUUCUUACUAUUAAAAUAUUUUAAAUUUAAAACUGAAAGCAGGUUCCCCCUUUUUGUAUCCAGUAUAAAUCACAGGGUUUAUAGUAUUUCCUCAUCUUUAUCUCUGUACAAAGCCCCCACAGCUGUAUGUAAUAUUUGUUAGAAACACAACUAGUGAAGAUAGUUUUGCUGAAAUAAAAGUUUCGUUGUUGUAGCUGGACACAAGUGUGUAUAAUUGUGCAAACCUUGCUGUAUACAGUGGAUCCCCUUUUGCUUAUUUAAUGUUAUUUAAUGUUGUUAACGUGGUUGCCGACUGAGCAAACUUCUGUUGGUUGAUACAAUACUACUCUGUCUGACAUCUUUAUAUAUCAGUUUGCCCAACUGGUCUUGGAGUUUAUAGAUUUUUUAUGUGUAAAUUUGGGGCUCCAGAGAACAAAUUUAUUGCAAUGUUAAUUAUCUUUUAUUUUUUUAAUUUUUGUUAUUUUGUUGUUUUUUUUUUUCCUCUAUGAUAAUCAAACAUGUACUGUACCAGGACUCUGUGCUAUACUAUAACUUGUUUUUAAAGGAAUUAUGCAAAUAUGUGAAAAUUGUUUCUUCUGUUGCAGACAUUCAGACGAGCUAAGAAUACCUCACGUUUUUACAAAUGACUUUAUCAUUCAAGCCUGUUUGGAAACAUCAGCCAAAUGUAGUCAACCAAGUCACCAAACUCUGAGCAAGACCUUUUCUGGUGCAAACAUCCUUUAUCCGUUUACU